AUGGUUACACUUCCCCAUUGUUGUACCCUCCUGCUGGCCUUAAUUCUUCUCAUUAUUUCAACCCACACAUCCAAAAUAGUAACACCCCGCAGAGGUGCGCACUACAACAAGGUGAUUGCAUCUGCGCAUCAUGGUUGGAAUAGGCGUUACUUAUCCCAUGGUGAUCGGAUAAGGGAUCACUCCACUCAUAGGCUGUUCUUUCUAAAAAAGGAGAAAGAAAAUGACUCUCAUUUCAAAGGGUUACACAAUGUUAAGCGUUGGUUAAAUUGCCUUUUGGGGGAAAUUCUGCCUGGUGAGCAUGGCCAUGGUAUGUUGAUAGGGGGUCAGAGAAGGUGGAGACCGGGGCUGGGCGACACGCUCAACGAGCUGCUAUACCCCCCGUACGAGGUGCAGAGGGCCGUCAGGUGCUACACGUUCCUGUCGCGCGAUGGGGGCGACAAGGCAGACAGUAGGGUGGGGAGUAAUGUGAUGAAUAAUGUACAGAGUAAUGUGAACAGUACUACGUAUACCCGCAUGGAUCACAGCAUGCGAAGCAGUGGCAGCCAAAGGGCAGUACGAGUGGAGGCUAAGCGCAAGGGAGGGAGCUGCUCCGGCCCAGCCCAAAUCGAGCGAUACAUCACCCGACAGCUAAUACAUUUAACGAGCGAACUUAUGAAAAUACAAAGCGGAUGGGAAAAAGAGAAAAAGGAGGAAAAUGCAAGAGCGAGCAGUAGCUUUAACGGAAAGACGAACAACUGUGUGAAGUGGAAUUACUAUUUGAAUAACAAAAAUAACCCCCUAAAAUGCUUCGUCUAUGUGGAUGUGCCGGAAGGAACAGUGAUGUUAAAGCCAGAAAAGGUAGAUGACAAAAAAAAAAAUUUUUUAAUUUCAAUCAAUGCUUUAAAUGAUAUCAGAAGGAAUAAUGAAGAGAUACUAAAAAACAUUUAUUUUAAAAAACAUAAAAUAACUUUUGAUCAUAUAUAUCGAAAUAGCAAUUGCAUGACCUUGUUGGUUAGCAGAUUUAUUGACCAUCCUUAUCUUCUCAAUACAUUGUCUUUUUUUUGUUUAACAUCUUGCGGCUACCUUCUGACUGAUGUAUUUUACCAAGGGGUUCUUCACUUAUUGGGUAGCGAAAUUAUUUGGUACCCCCUUGUAUACAACGUCUGGUGUAACGUAUAUCAUACGACUUUGCCAUUGAAGCUUUAUUUGGCCAAACAGACCUACUCCUACGGAAGAGUCGCCUUUGAUUUUUUUGUCAAUUAUGUAAGAUCGAAAUUAAUUAGGUUGGAAACUUCGUUAAUGAAUUCUUCGUUGAAGCGAAAAGUGGACUUAGACACUCGCGAGGAAAACAGGUAUGACGAUAAAAUGUUUUCCAUUUCUACAGAGUGUGAUAUUUCGGAUGAGGAAGAAGAGGACUUCACGUACAUUUGA